GCGGGCGGGUGACGCGACGGGGCCCGUUGUCUGUGUGUGGGGCUAGGGGCCCCGGGGGCGUCGGGGGCUCCCGACGGGGGCGGCGGUGGGUCAGGGGGGCCUGGACAUGGCGCUGAGGGGCCGCCCCGCGGGAAGAUGAAUAAGGGCUGGCUGGAGUUGGAGAGCGACCCUGGCCUCUUCACCCUCCUGGUGGAAGAUUUCGGUGUCAAAGGGGUGCAAGUGGAGGAGAUCUAUGACCUUCAGAGCAAGUGCCAGGGCCCCGUGUAUGGAUUCAUUUUCCUCUUCAAAUGGAUCGAAGAGCGCCGGUCCCGUCGCAAGGUCUCUACCUUGGUGGAUGAUACAUCUGUGAUUGAUGAUGAUAUUGUGAAUAAUAUGUUCUUUGCCCACCAGCUGAUCCCCAACUCUUGUGCCACUCAUGCCCUGUUGAGUGUGCUCCUGAACUGCAGCAAUGUGGACCUGGGGCCCACCCUGAGUCGUAUGAAGGACUUCACCAAAGGCUUCAGCCCUGAGAGCAAAGGAUAUGCGAUUGGCAAUGCCCCCGAGUUGGCCAAGGCACAUAAUAGCCAUGCCAGGCCUGAGCCACGCCACCUGCCAGAGAAGCAGAAUGGCCUUAGUGCAGUGCGGACCAUGGAGGCAUUCCACUUUGUCAGCUAUGUGCCUAUCACAGGCCGGCUUUUUGAGUUGGAUGGGCUCAAGGUCUACCCCAUUGAUCAUGGGCCCUGGGGGGAGGAUGAGGAGUGGACAGACAAGGCCCGGCGGGUUAUCAUGGAGCGUAUUGGCCUCGCCACUGCAGGGGAGCCCUACCAUGACAUCCGCUUCAACCUGAUGGCGGUGGUGCCCGACCGCAGGAUCAAGUAUGAGGCCAGGCUGCAUGUGCUGAAGGUGAAUCGUCAGACAGUACUGGAGGCCCUGCAGCAGUUGAUCAGGGUAACACAACCAGAGCUGAUUCAGACUCACAAGUCGCAAGAGUCACAGCUGCCUGAGGAGACCAAACCAGUCAGUGGCAAGUCCCCCGUGGCUCUGGAGGCAAGCAGGGCCCCAGUGGCCACUGAGGGCCCCCACACAGAUGGUGUGGAGGAGGUGGCUGGUUCAUGCCCACAAGCUUUGACCCACAGCCCUCCCAGCAAACCCAAGUUGGUGGUGAAACCUUCAGGGAGCAGCCUCAAUGGUGUUCCCCCUAACCCCACUCCCAUUGUCCAGCGGCUGCCAGCUUUUCUGGACAAUCACAACUAUGCUAAGUCCCCCAUGCAGGAGGAAGAAGACUUGGCAGCAGGUGUGGGCCGCAGCCGAGUUCCAGUCCGCCCACCCCAGCAAUACUCAGAUGAUGAGGAUGACUAUGAGGAUGACGAGGAAGAUGACAUGCAGAACACCAACUCCGCCAUCAGGUACAAGCGAAAGGGGCCAGGGAAGCCAGGGCCGCUGAGUGGCUCCGGGGAUGGGCAGCUGUCGGUGCUGCAGCCCAACACUAUCAACGUCUUGGCUGAGAAGCUCAAAGAGUCCCAGAAAGACCUCUCCAUUCCCCUGUCCAUCAAGACCAGCAGUGGUGCUGGGAGUCCAGCAGUGGCAGUGCCCAUGCACUCACAGCCCUCGCCCACCCCCAGCAAUGAGAGCACAGACACAGCCUCCGAGAUUGGUAGUGCUUUCAACUCACCACUGCGCUCGCCCAUCCGCUCGGCCAACCCCACACGGCCCUCCAGCCCUGUCACCUCCCACAUCUCCAAGGUGCUUUUUGGAGAGGAUGAAAGCCUGCUGCGUGUUGACUGUAUACGCUACAAUCGCGCUGUACGUGACUUGGGUCCUGUCAUCAGCACAGGCCUGCUGCACUUGGCUGAGGAUGGUGUGCUGAGUCCCCUGGCACUGACAGAGGGUGGGAAGGGUUCCUCGCCCUCAAUCAGACCAAGCUUGGGCAGCCAAGGGGCUGGCAGCCCAGAGGAGAAGGAAGUGGUGGAAGCUGUAGAUGGCAGAGAGAAGUCUGGGCUGGUCAGGCCCAGUGAACCCUUGAGUGGGGAGAAGUACUCGCCUAAGGAGCUUUUGGCACUACUGAAGUGUGUGGAGGCUGAGAUUGCAAACUAUGAAGCCUGCCUCAAGGAAGAGGUAGAGAAGAGGAAGAAAUUCAAGAUUGAUGACCAGAGAAGGACCCACAACUAUGACGAGUUCAUCUGCACAUUUAUCUCCAUGCUGGCCCAGGAAGGCAUGCUGGCCAACCUGGUGGAGCAGAACAUCUCAGUGCGGCGGCGCCAAGGGGUCAGCAUUGGCCGGCUCCAUAAGCAGCGGAAGCCUGAUCGGCGGAAACGCUCACGCCCCUACAAGGCCAAGCGUCAGUGAGGACUGCUGGCCCUGACUUUGCAGCCUGCUCUUGCCUUGUGGCCCUCACCAGGGCCCCUUCUCUGCCCUACACCCCGCUUCCCAGUAUUACUGAAUAGUUCCAGCCAGAGAACCUAGACCCUGGAAAUGGAAGCCAGGCCAGGAUUCCCUGCAUUGUGCCCCCGGGUCUGGUAGGGCAGGUCAAGCCCAUAGCGCUCAGGAAGCAGCAGCUGGAGCUGGGGCACAGUAAGGUGCUGUGGCUUCCUCCACAGCUGGCUGUGGAGCUGCAGGACUUGGCCUUUCUGCCUGGGUAGCUGAAUAUAUAUUUUACCUACAGAGACGUCUAUUUUUCUGGGCUCUGGCCCAUCUUGCCACCACUGUGUUGACAUAGCUGGCUUCCUGACUAUGUGUUCUCUCUUAACAGUUGUUCUCGUGGGACCUGGGUGGACAUGGGCCUGUUGCUCUAGCCCCAGCCACCAUUGUCUCUGUUGUGAGGAAGCCAGGUCUGCUCUUUGUUCCUCCUGGGAGAACCCCAAACUCAGGGACCUGGAUUUUGGGCUGGUUUGGGAGUGGAGGGUCCCAGUGGGGGUGGGGUGAGCAACCUGCUGGAGUCCCAGGCUUGAGCAGAGAGGAGUGUCUGAGCUGUUUGGUGGCUUGUAAACUCCCUUGUUGGCUCCAGUCGGGCUUGUCAAGUCUGCUUUCCCCUUGAGCAGGGCUCCGGGGCUCUUUGCCUUCAGUGUUGUGGCCCUGGCAGUGGGCCUGCCUUGGGCUCCUGGGCGCUAUCCCUGGAGCCUGGGGCUCAGAGGAGCCUCUACCCAUCCCCUCAGUAUUACCAUGUCUCCCUUCCCUUAGGGGUAGCAGAGACAGGGCUGCUUGCUGGAAACUGGCACCACUCAGCUCUCCCUGCCACGCCAGCUUCCUCAGCCUCUGCAAGGCACUCAGGGUGGGGGGACUGCAGGACCAAGACAACCAGUUGGAGCCCCCAUGUCCCCAGAGGGCCUGAUGCCAAGGAGUAACGGGGCUAGCACUGCCUUUGGAGCUCGCCCCCCAAAUACAGCUCCAUGGCCUCUGCCAGAUGGCUUUGAAGGAGAUCCAAGGAGGCCCCUUAUCUGUACAUAGUGACCUGGGAAGGGGGAGGGGGGACACCUGGCAGGCAUAGCAGUUGCCUCUGCACUGAGCACAGCCUGACCCUUUGACCCCCUGUAAAUAUUGGAUCAGUAAGUGAAUAAAACUCAUAAAAAAUUAACCCUCCUGUUG